GAUAGUUUAAAGUUGACCGCGAGAUUGUUAAGACCGCCGUCGCGGAAUUUGUGUGCUUUGCAAUCCUUGUGAGGCAUCAUCUUUUUCGGUUGCACAUCUAUGUGGUUGUUUUGUGGUGCCUUUAAAUGGAAAAAUUUCUUAAUUUUUUCCAUCAUCACACAACACUCUUUUAAUCUUACAAUCGUGCGUCUUCGGAGUGAUCUUCAGGCCAAAAUAAAUUAAUUUGAUGGCACACUUGGCUACAAAUGAUCAUCAAAUCGGCCAACAUUGAAGUAUAUAUAUAUUGAAAGCAAGUGUGAGUGAUUAGAGAAGAAAAGAAAAGGGAUAUAAAAAGAAAAAUUAAAGUGGUUUUAAAGACAAAUCCUCAACGUUUAUGCAAGUGUUACAAAAGUGUUCUCAUCUAGUGUAAAUCACAAGAACGUACUAAAAGAUUGCCUGAGCUUUUGAGCUUUAUAAAAAAAUAUAUAUAAAGGUUAUGACAAAAUGGAGAAGCACACCGACGAUGGACCGGAGAAUUGCUAAGAGUCAAAAGUGAGAUUUUAUUUGUUCGACUCAAAAAGUAACAAAAUCCUAAGAAGUUUUGUGCGCACCGAUCGCUUUUUCAUACAUAGCAGCAAACCUAAACGCCAGCGAGAGACAAUCUCUUAGUGAUCGCAUAUGUAUUCACGGAGAUUUUUUUUUCUCCUAUAAAGCGAUAGUCAUAGUUCUUUCGCCCAAGAACUGCUAAGUCUACGAAGAGAACCUUCUUGACCAUUUGCUGUAAAAUACAUAUAUAGUUGUUGGAUACUAAGUGAACUUCUACCAACAACUACCACGUAUAGGAAAUCCCUCGCAAUAGGUAGUGUGACAGAAAUAGAGGAUCAGUGUAUUAGUGGUGUUAUUAUUAUUUCAUAUUUGGUCGCAUGUGCUUUCUCGCCUUGGUGGUUUCUCAGAGCUUAACUCAAGUGUAAUCGGCCAUGUUACAUACCUCUGCGAAAGAGAUCACCAUCACCUUCCCGCCAAUGUGAGAGAACGGUGCAAACGUAGAGAAUUCAUUUGGGAUACCUUUCCUCGGGAUCAUACAUCUCUUCUGCGUUUCGUGGUCAAAGAAGAAAUUCCCUGAUGAUCGAGCGAGAAAGCUAACUUGUGAUCGUACAACAUAUACACACACGAAGAUCACCUGAAUUGCUAUACUACAUACAUAUAUGCAUCUAUAUGUAUGUAUAUAUAUGUAGAUUGUAAAAAAAAAGUCCGUAGAGGAAAGAAUUGUCCAAGAGGUGAAAAAAAACUAUGCAAUUGCUUAUGUGUGCGCCGAAGACACCAUCAGCAAUCAUCGACAAUUUAUAAAAGUCUUGGAAAAAGAGUAUAAGAAGAAGCGAGAGAAUACCUGACUAGCCGCAAGCAAGAGUCUCAUUUCAGAGAACUUUGUAUGCCGGACUCGAUCCUAACAAAGUGUGGUGUGGAAAAAGCUAAAAUUCAUGCACCAUCAUCAUCAAGCCAAGCAGUCUUGGUUGAUCCUCCUUGUCCGCACCGCAGUUCUUCGCGCAGCAUAUUUCUCUUGCAGCAUCAUAACCCGUUUUCAUGUCAUAAAUGUAUGUAUUGGUUUUUGGGCUUGGGGGGUUAUGAGUGAGCCUGCUUCUUCGGCAAACGGUGCAAGAGAUCGCUGUGAUCGCGAGCGAGAGAAAUAAAUGUGGAUGACAAAUAGAAAGAAAGAAGAAGGAAUAAUCUUCAAAGCAUAUAUGCUACAUUGCUUGUGGUGAGUUCUUGUUUAUCGGACUUCUUAUGUAUAUUGUGUGAUACUCCCCUCUCUUUCGCACUCUCAACUCCGUGUACCACGAACCACAUAAUUUCGACUGAUCAACUCGCGAUCGCAGAACAGACGAUGAAGAAAUGUUGAAUUCGUCGAAUGUGUCGCGCUCCGGAGUGCAAGUUUGAAGUUUUCUGUUCUUAUUUCGUCGUUAUAAACUUUUAGUAUUUAUUUUCUCUAUAUUGAAAAACAAUAAUAAUUAGUUAACAGUUAUAUCCUUACCUUGUAGAGAACAUAAAACUAUUAAAUAGUGUAUUGGACAAGUGAAGAGUUUUUCUCUAUAAAUGUAUGUAGGAAAAUCACGAUUGGAUUACAAGUGAUUGAUCCUCCUAAGAAAAGGUGAAUAAAAAAGUGAUUUAGUGGAAAUUUAUUGGAUAUAUAAUUCAAAAAUAUACACAGAUCAGGUGAAAAGAGAAUAUUCAGUGUCAAGAAGUCAAAAAGUGUUUAAGGAGUAAGCAUAUAUAAUAAGAAUUAAAAGUGCAGUGAUAAAAAACAAACUAAAAUAUUUGUUGAAAGAAGUAAAAAAAAAAUAAGCAAUAGAUGGUUGAAAUGGAAAAGUGAUGGAUGUUUAUGAAGGAUUAAUGAAAUUCGUGGAGAAAUUAUGACGCUCUCAAAACGGCGCCUUGAUCCACCCAUGGCCCUCACAAUGUGGAGUGUCAUUUGGCUACUCCUAAUAGUGGCGCAAAUUGUAUCGGUGCUCGAUGGUGCACACGUUCCUGGCCCGGGCCCGGGACUCACGGUCUUUCCGCGUCGCCGUUCCUCAUCGGACGGCUACUCAUCUCAAAUGCAAUCACGCGCUGUGGACACACGAAUUCAGCUUGAAGUACUCGAAGGGGAUCCCCGUGGUACUGUUGUUGGGUACAUCCCUACCAAACCCGGAUUCACCUAUCGCUUCAAUGAGCCACCACGAGAGUUCACCUUGGAUCUCAAUACUGGUGAAAUUAAGACAAAUGCCAUCCUCGAUCGCGAAGGGCUCCGUGAUCGAUACGAUCUCGUCGUGCUCUCCAGCCAGCCCACAUAUCCCAUCGAGGUGCGAAUUACCGUGAUGGACAUCAAUGACAAUGCUCCCGAGUUCCCAGAACCAAGUAUUGCUGUGUCGUUCUCCGAGAGUUCAGCAUCAGGUACAAGGCUUCUCCUUGAUGCUGCAACGGAUAAGGAUGUUGGUAUUAAUAGCGUCACGGAUGAUUAUCGCAUUGUGGAUGGCAAUCACGAUGAUAAAUUUCGAUUGGCGGUUACAUCAAAUCCAAGUGGUGAUGUUUCCUACUUGCACUUGGAGACUACGGGUAAAUUGGAUCGUGAAACUCGCGGUUUCUACCAACUCAAUAUAUCUGCAAGGGAUGGUGGUACACCACCAAAGCAUGGCUAUCUCCAGGUCAAUGUCACCAUUCUCGAUGUGAACGACAACCCGCCAAUUUUUGAUCACAGUGACUAUAUUGUGUCGUUGAACGAAAGCGUGCCACCUGGCACACCAGUUCUGCAGGUGAUGGCGUCCGAUUCGGAUUUGGGCGACAACAGCAAAAUUACAUAUUACCUCGCUGAAACUGAAACACAAUUCACGGUGGACCCGGAAACGGGUGUUAUAUCCACCACAGAGCAAUUGUCCUGCCCACAGCAAAAUUGCCCAACACUCUCGCGACCAAGUGCAUGCCCCAAGAGUUGCGUGUUCACUGUGUUUGCGCGUGAUCAUGGCUCACCGCGUCAAGAUGGUCGUACAUAUGUCACGGUGAAUCUCGUGGACACCAAUGAUCACGAUCCCGUGAUAAGAUUUCAGUAUUUUCCGCCCACUGGUACCUUUGCCACGGUUGAUGAGAAUGCAGCAAAUGGUUCGGUUGUUGCCGCUGUGUCUGUGGUUGACAUGGAUGAAGGGCUCAAUGGGGAGACAAGCAUUAGGAUCAUCUCUGGCAAUGAAUUGCAGCAUUUUCGAUUGGAAAAGACACCAAGUUUUGAUAUAGUGCGCGUCAAUGGGGUGCUAGAUCGUGAGGAGAUUGGCAAGUACAAUCUCACUGUUGUUGCAACAGAUCGCGGAACGCCAGCACGCACUGCAACAGCUUAUUUAAUUAUUCACGUCAAUGAUGUUAAUGAUCACGAGCCCGUCUUUGAGAAAUCCGAAUAUUCAGCUGUACUCAGUGAAUUGGCCCCACCUGGAACAUAUGUAGCAAGCAUCACGGCAUCUGAUGAGGAUACGGGAGUUAAUGCCCAAAUAUUUUAUGAUUUUGUCUCAGGAAAUAACAAGCAGUGGUUCCUUAUUGAUACUAUUUCGGGUUUAAUCACUACCCAAGCACCACUUGAUCGUGAAGUUCAGGGUACUGUUGAGUUGAGCAUUUCCGCGCGCGAUGGUGGGCCCAAUCCGAAAUGGGCAUACACCCAGCUCAAAGUCACAAUACUCGAUGAGAAUGAUGAAGCACCCCAGUUUUCUCAGCAUAAUAUCAAUGUGAGUCUCAGUGAAAAUACCCCACCACACACCUUGGUUGCCAUGCUAGCUGCUGCUGAUCACGAUCAAGGAACAAAUGGAAGUGUCACAUACUCUCUCCACCCAAGUGUUCAGCAAAAAUAUCCCGAUGUCUUUGCAUUGGACGCCCUAACAGGGCAACUAACGACAAAGGUGCGACUUGAUCGUGAAACAAUUUCUGAGUACGAAGUUUACGUGAUUGCGCGUGAUCAGGGCAUUCCCCCGCAGUCUUCAACAGCAACAGUGGUGCUUAAUGUUCAGGAUGUUAAUGACAAUAGUCCCGAGUUCUAUCCAAAGCACUACUUUGUUUCGGUGGCUGAAAAUAUGGCAAUUGGUACGUCCGUGUUGAAAAUUACAGCAACUGAUCGCGAUGAGGGGGACAAUGCAAUUAUCACGUACAACCUCGAAAGUGGUGGUGAUGGUUUGUUCGUUGUGGACAAUUGGACGGGAAUAAUUAGUUUAAGGGGUAGCUUGCGUAGCUCCCAGAAACCUCUGCAUAAACUCGUGAUUUCAGCUAAGGAUCGUGGUGAUCGUCGUUCGGAAAAGGAAGCUAUUGUUGAGAUAAUUAAAGAAUAUAAGCUGGAAGAAUUGGAAUUUGACUCAUAUGGUGGGUAUGAAUUUCAAAUUUAUGAAGAUCACGGCAAUGAAAAGGCUCAAAUUGGUCGUGAAGUGGGUCGUGUGCAAGUCCGUACGAUGGCAUCCACAGGAACACCCAUAGAAUACUCAAUUGUAUACGGUGACCCUAUGGGGAACUUUCAUAUCGACGAAAGGUCCGGUGUCAUCAGUACAGCCACAAAAAUUGACCGUGAAGUCACGAUCAUGUACUCAUUGACCAUCGUUGCAAGGAGUGGCUUAGCCUAUGGGAAAACAAGUGUUAACAUUUCAAUUCUGGAUCUAAAUGACAAUGAACCAAUUUUCUCACGGGAUCGCGACGAUAUACGUCUAGCUGAGAAUGCAGCUGUCGGCCAAGAGGUUUAUCUCUCACGAGCUCGCGAUCGAGACUCUGGAAUAAAUAGCCGUGUCACAUACAGCUUAUCCUACAAUCCUGAGGAUCAGUUCCGCAUUUCGGAGGCCACAGGUGUACUCUAUCUCAAUCGCCCAAUUAGGGCGGAACCCGGGACUUUGCUGCACAUUGAGGUGACCGCCAUAGAUGGAGGUAAUCCCCCGCUAUCAUCAAAGAAUACUGUGAUGAUCACAAUUGAGGAUGUUAAUGAUCACACGCCUGUGUUCGAUCACACAUCCUACGAGACAUCCUUGUUCGAAUCCAUGCCAGUCAAUGCGAGAUUUUUUGCCUUGGCAGCUUCAGACGCUGAUCUUGGGGCCAAUGGAAGAAUUUCUUAUGCAAUAAUUGAGGGAAAUAGCGAAGGGAAGUUUGGAAUUUUCCCCGAUGGGUAUUUAUAUGUGAAACAUCCGCUUGAUCGCGAAAAACGCGACUACUACUCAUUGACAGUGGCAUGCAGUGAUCACGGGAAUCCAUCACGAAGUUCAGUUGUUCCGGUAAUAAUUCACGUGAUCGAUGAAAAUGAUAAUAGCCCUCAAUUCACGAAUUCCACAUUUACCUUUCAUAUUGCCGAGAAUGAACCGGCGGAUUCAUUUGUGGGGAAAUUAACAGCUGUUGAUCGCGACAUUGGACGAAAUGCAGAAUUAAUCUAUACCCUUUCGAAUACACAAAAUGAUUUUAUUGUUGAUCCACGCAAUGGUUUCAUUAAGACCCUCCAUGAAUUCGAUCGUGAGUCUCUUGUGCAAAAUACGGGGCAGAAUCUCAUCACGUUAGAUGCAACCGUGAGUGAUAAUGGCGUUGUACGAUUGAGGGAUAAGGUGAAAGUGAAGAUUUUUAUAACAGACGUUAAUGACAAUGCUCCACAAUUUGUUCGUGCUCCGUACAAAGUUCAAAUCUCCGAGGGUUCCCAAGUAGGUACCCAAGUUAUUCGUGUAUAUACAAUUGACUACGAUGAGGGUUUAAAUGGGGAUGUCUUCUACUACAUCGCCGAUGGAAAUAGUGAAGGACAUUUUGCCAUUGAUGAUGCCACGGGGCAAGUCACUGUUGCGAAGAAAUUAGAUCGUGAAACAAUAACUGCCUACAAACUAACAAUUGUUGCUCACGAUGCAGCUAUUCACAGACGAUUGAGUACAUCAACGACAAUCACGGUGGAUAUUUUGGAUGAGAAUGAUGAUGCUCCGCGAUUUUUCCAUCCAGAUGAAAAUAGUCAAAUUUCCGUGAAUGAAACUACGCCCGUUGGGAGGGAAUUGAUGCGUUUCCGUGCAACAGAUGGUGACCUAGGGGUGAAUAGUCAGAUAACAUUUUCAAUAACGGCCGGGAAUCGCAGGGAUACAUUCCACAUUGAUCCAAUGAGUGGAUUACUUUUCCUGCAUAAACCUCUGGAUUAUGAGGAUACAACAAAUUAUAUAUUGAACAUUACAGCAGCUGAUGGGGGUAAUCCGAGAUUAUCUACUACGAUUUCCUUCACGGUGAACGUUAUUGAUUCAAAUGAUAAUCCACCCUCAUUCCCAAAUACAGCCAUUGUGAGACAAAUUCGCGAAGGAAUCCCCAUUAAUACACCAAUUGUGACAAUUACUGCCGAAGAUCCCGAUUCUGGAGCCAAUGGAAAGGUCACGUAUGCAAUUUCCAAUCAAGAUCCGGAAAAUGGGCAAAAACACUUUGGGAUAAAUGCAAAUACAGGAGUGAUUCAUACAUUGAGAUCCAUUGAUAGGGAGACAAUUGAUACAUUCAGAUUGACUGUAGUGGCGACAGAUCAAGCUGAGAUCCCGAGUCAACGACUUUCCGCGGAGAAAUUGGUGACGGUAAUUGUGGAGGAUGUGAAUGACAAUGCUCCCGUGUUUGUAUCAAUGAACGCUGCGGUACUUCCCCUGAAAGAUAUUCGUGUGUCCCCCGGACGGGAUGGUGCGGUGAUAAUGCACGUGAAUGCCCGAGAUGCGGAUUCGAGUACAAAUGGACUUGUCACGUAUGAAAUGGUGAGCGGAAAUUCUGAACUAUUCAAAUUGCACAGGAGUACAGGUGCCAUUUCAUUGCGGAAGCAAAUAACGAAUCCCGAGACAAGGUAUCAAUUGGCCGUGAAGGCGACAGAUGAAGCUGUGCAGAGUGAACGCAAGAGUAGCGAUGCUUAUGUGACAAUAAUCGCGAGUGGUGGCAUGAACAAUGGGCCAGUCUUUGACAAUCGCGACUUUUUCGGUAGUGUCUUUGAGAAUGAGCCGCCGGGCACAAGUAUUCUCACUGUUGUGGCGCGCCUUGACUCAUCUGUGUCCAGUGAAAUUGAAUACUAUGUGACUAAUGUGACUGGGGAUAGCAGACAAAUGGAUCGUUUGUUUGACAUCGACACUAAGCUCGGAAUACUCUCCACGGCCGCUGAACUCGAUCGUGAAUCAGGGGUGGAUACGUACGAGGUGGAGGUUUAUGCCAUCAGCAUCGGUGGAAUGCCAAGAACAUCCAGCACAAAGAUUCGUCUUCAGGUGUUGGAUAAAAACGAUAGUCCACCUACAUUUCGUGACCUUCCAUUGGUGUUUUCUGUAUCAGAGGACUUGGGUGCUGGACAACAUGUUGCAACAUUAAAAGCCACAGAUCCUGAUACAAUUGGAACAUUAUCAUAUGCCCUUAUUUCGGGGGACGAUGAUAAAUUCACCUUGGAGUCCGAUACAGGCAUACUCAAGCUCAGAGAUUCCCUUGACCGAGAACUUAAGGACAUCUACAAACUUACUGUGAGAGUUACGGAUGGAGUUCAGUACACGGAAACAACAGUAACAAUUCAAGUGACGGACACAAAUGACAAUCCCCCAAUAUUUGAAGAACCAGCAUACUCCUUUGAUAUCCCAGAAAAUGCACCUCGUGGCUAUCAAGUGGGAAUAAUAUCGGCCACAGAUCCCGACCUCGGAGCCAACUCUAUGCUAUCCUACACCGUAAUCUCCGACUGGGCGAAUGAUGUAUUCUCACUUAACCCCCAAACGGGCGUCUUUACGCUCACAGCACGUCUCGACUACGAAGAGGUACAACACUACAUUUUGGUGGUUCAGGCCCAAGAUAACGGUCAUCCAAGUCUUUCGACAACACUCACCGUCUACUGCAAUGUAUUGGAUCUCAAUGAUAAUGCUCCAAUCUUCGAUCCAAUGAGCUAUUCAAAUGAUAUCUACGAAAAUGUUACCAUUGCAACACCCGUGGUAGUCGUCAGUGCCACUGAUAUUGAUUCAGGUGACAAUGGGAGAAUUGAGUACAGCAUAACAGCUGGAGAUGACAAUGAUGAUUUUGAAAUAACACCCAGCGGAACCAUAAAAACCAGACAAAUGCUGGAUCGUGAGACAAAAGCAACAUACAAUCUUGUGGUAACCGCUCGGGAUUGUGCUGAGGAAGUGCAAAAGAGACUCUCAUCAACUGUUCAGGUCACCGUCACACUGAAGGACGUCAAUGACGUGGCACCAACUUUUAUCACAGCAAAUGAAACUAGUGUGAUUGAGAAUAUCCCUUUGAACACCGUGGUGAUGGCUAUCAAAGCAACUGAUCGUGAUGAGGGUCGGAAUGGUUACAUUGAGUACCUCUUAACAUCAGAACCAACAAUUCCGUUUACAUUGGGAACAGUAGAUGGGCUCCUACGAGUGUCUGGACGUUUAGACAGAGAAAUUCGAUCGUCAUACAAUCUAAUGGUUACUGCAAGAGAUCGAGGGGAUCCCCCCAAAUCAACACAAACUAACAUUUCUGUGAAGAUUCUCGACGAGAACGACAAUAGCCCCGUUUUUGAUCCGAAGCAGUAUAGUGCUUCCAUUGCUGAAAACGCCAGUAUUGGUGCCAUGGUUCUUCAGGUUUCAGCCACGGACAUCGAUGACGGGGCGAAUGGUCGGGUGAGAUUCUCAAUCUCUGGCGGCGAUGACAAUCGCGAUUUCAGCAUCAGCGAGGACUCGGGUGUGGUAAGAGUGGCUAAGAAUCUCAACUUUGAGCGCAAGUCACGGUACGUCCUCACAGUUCGUGCUGAAGACUGCGCCAGCGAUGUGGGUAGUGGCGAGACGAGAUUCGAUACAGCUGAACUUACCAUCACCAUUACCGAUAUCAACGACAAUCCACCCACUUUCUUGGACAGCCCCUACUUGGCUUACGUGAUGGAGAACGUUAUACCACCCAAUGGGGGUUACGUUAUCACAGUUAGGGCAUACGAUGCGGACACACCGCCCUUCAAUUCGCAAGUACGAUACUUCCUCAAGGAGGGUGAUGCUGAUCUCUUUCGCAUCAAUGCAAGCACGGGGGAAAUUUCCCUACUACGAGCCCUCGAUCGGGAAUCUCAGUCUGAAUAUACCCUCACACUCGUGGCAAUGGAUACUGGAUCUCCUCCUUUAACCGGAACUGGAACCGUACGUGUUGUUGUCCAGGAUAUGAAUGACCAUAGUCCUGAAUUUGCGAGACAAUCCUAUCGUACAAUUGUAAUGGAGAAUCAACCAUCAGGCACAAAGGUCCUACAACCAAAGGCAAUAGAUAGGGAUGCAGGACUCAAUGGGAAGAUACGGUUCAGUUUACUGGGUGAAAAAGUGGAGAGAUUUCAUGUAAAUCAGGAGAGUGGUGAAGUAACAACAUCCCUUAUUCUUGAUCGGGAAGACACAUCCGUUUACCACCUAACUCUCAUGGCUCAAGAUAGCUCAGCCACAGAACCCCGAGCAACAGCAGUGAAUCUCACAAUCAUUGUUGCAGAUGUCAACGACAACACUCCUGCCUUUGAACAACCCUCCUUCAAUGUAAACGUGCCAGAUCGCAUAAAGGCUAGUCAAUUUGUCUUCGGAGCGAGAGCUGUUGAUUUUGACGAGGGUAUUAAUAGUCGAAUUGUUUAUUCAAUUAGUGGCAAAGAUGUUGAUAAAUUCGCUAUUAAUUCCAACACUGGAGUCAUAAAGACAUCAGAGGAGUUGUCGCUCAAUGGCCAAGGCGUUGAUAAAGUGUACAGUUUGAUCGUAAAGGCAGAAGAUCAGGGGCUAGAACCACGAUUUGCCACAGCAGAACUGACCAUUCUUCUCAAACCAGCUCAUCUCUUCCCAACAUUCACAUACAUGGCUGAAACCCAAUUCGUUAUGCCUGAAGAUGUAGCUGAAGGGAAGAUAAUCACAAAAAUCUCAGCUACAUCACCAAAGAAAGGACCAGCUGGAAAUAUCAAGUAUGCUAUUGCUGGUGGCAAUACGAAGGAUGCUUUAAGAAUUGAUCUCAGUACUGGAGAGGUAACUGUUGGCAAAGGUGGACUUGAUUAUGAAUCUCUUCAGCAGUACGAGGUGUGGAUUGAAGCUUCAGAUUCUGACAGACCAUCCCUCAGGAGUGUUAUACGCCUCCUUAUCAAUGUAACCGAUACCAAUGACAAUGCUCCCGUAAUGGAUAAGAUGAUCUAUCAUAGCGAAGUUAUGGAAGAAGAAGCUCCGCCAUUGGAAGUGGUUAAAGUGAGUGCAACUGAUGCGGAUUCCGAUGAAAAUGGACAGGUGACAUAUCGUCUGAGCAAUGACUUUGAUGGGGCAUUUGAGAUUGAUUCCGAUACGGGUGAAAUCUACACAAAUAUGCGUCUUGAUCGAGAGGAAGUGUCCCUCUUUGAAUUAACCGUUGAAGCUGUCGAUCAGGGAAUGCCUCAGCUCACAGGAACAGCCACUGUUUUGGUAACAGUCCUAGAUAAGAAUGAUAAUCCACCUCGAUUCACAAGGCUAUUCAGUGUGAACGUUACCGAAAAUGCUGAGAUUGGAUCAUUUGUAAUCAAAGUAACUUCCUCCGACUUAGAUACUGGAAUUAAUGCAAAUGCAACGUACAGUUUUACGGAAAAUCCUGGAAAUAAGUUUUCAAUUGAUCCUAUUUCGGGAAAUGUCACUGUUACGGGACACUUAGAUCGGGAACAACAAGAUGAAUACCUUCUCAAGGUAGCAGCAGUUGAUGGAGCAUGGAGAGCAGAAACACCGCUUACAAUAACAAUCCAAGAUCAGAAUGACAAUGCUCCAGAAUUUGAGCAUAGCUACUACAGUUUCAAUUUUCCCGAACUCCAGAGAGCUGUUGCGUUCGUGGGACAAGUUACUGCAACAGAUCGUGAUAAACAAGGACCUAAUUCAGUCAUUUCGUAUUCCCUGCAACAACCAUCGGAUUUAUUCAGCAUUGAUCCCGCAACUGGUGAUAUCUUCAGUAAGAGAACUAUUCACUAUCGUCACACGCAGAUGGAGGCAUCACCUGAAAAUAUGUACUCCUUGACAAUUCUUGCUACAGACAAUGGCAAACCACCAAUGUAUUCUGACUGUUUGAUAAAUAUCAAUGUUGUGGAUGCUAACAACAAUCCACCUAGAUUUGAGCAGCAUGAAUAUUUGUCUCCAGUUCCAGAAGAUGCCCAAAUUGGUCAGAGAGUUGUGCAGGUUACAGCAAGAGAUGAGCUAGAUUUUGGCAUCAAUGCUGAAGUGGAUUAUUCCAUAAUAAAUGGGAAUGGAACUAAGAACUUUGGAAUUAACAAACAAUCUGGAUGGAUUACUGUGAUCAAACCAUUGCAGAAUCUUCUGAGUCGUGUGUUUGCCUUGCACAUCCGAGCGAUUGAUAGGGGUGUACCACCUCAGCAAGAUGAAACGGUGGUCACCAUUGUCGUAACUGGUGAGAAUCGCUUCUCACCAGUUUUCACUGCACUAAGUUACCAAGUGAUAGUACCUGAGAACGAACCAAUUGGCUCAACUAUCCUAAUUGUUAGUGCUUCUGACAAUGAUGACGGUCCAAAUGGCAUGGUACGCUACUCAAUUUCUGGAGGCAACGAACGGAAGGAAUUUGCUGUCCAUUCUACUUCCGGUGCGGUGACUAUUCUUCAAUCAUUGGACUACGAUGUUGUCCAAGAGUAUCACCUCAAUAUUACAGCUGAAGAUUUGGGAUUCAAAUCCAAGAGCGCUGUUGCAAUGCUAACAGUUACCUUAACAGACAUCAACGACAACGCUCCUGUAUUCAAUCAGUCUGAAUACCAUGCUUACCUUCCGGAAAAUUCCCCGCCCAAAAGUUUCGUUUAUCGCGCUGUGGCUGUCGAUAAGGACUCACCGAAGAAUGCCGUCAUUUUGUACUCAAUCAUUGGAGGUACAGGCAAAGAUGUAUUUUCCAUUGAUCAAUCAUUGGGAGUUAUCAAGUCCAAAAUAAGUUUUGACUAUGAGGAGGAAAAUCUCUACACUCUAGAUAUCAUGGCUGCCAAUCCUGAUUCAGUAAUGUCCAAUACAGUCAAAAUUAUCGUCCACAUUACUGGAGUCAAUGAAUUCUACCCAAGAUUCAUUCAACCCGUUUUCCAUUUCGAUGUAUCUGAAUCUGCGGAAGUUGGGACAAGUGUUGGAGUUAUUGAGGCUACUGAUAAAGAUUCAGGUGACGAAGGAAAAGUUUACUACCUCCUAGUUGGCUCAAGCAAUGAUAAAGGAUUUGGUAUUCAUCCUGAAACUGGAGUUAUGUACGUUGCUAGAAAUCUCGAUCGGGAAACACAGAGUCGAGUUGUUUUGACGGUAAUGGCAAAGAACUUUGGAGGUAUCAGAGGUAAUGAUACAGAUGAAGCGCAGGUGAUUGUUUCCAUUCAAGAUGGUAACGAUCCUCCAGAGUUCUUGAUGGCAACCUAUGAUGCCAAUGUGUCUGAAGGAGCGCAAAUAGGAACGAAAGUAGUCACAGUUAAAGCAGUCGAUAAGGACAUUAGACCACAAAAUAAUCAAUUCAGCUAUUCAAUUAUUGGAGGGAAUAGCGAUCAAUCCUUUAAAGUGGAUCCGCAGACUGGGCAGAUUGAGACAUCACGAAGACUCGAUAGGGAGACAAUGCCAGAGUACUCUUUGACAAUUGGUGCCAUUGAUACAGGAAUUCCUCCUCAGACAGGUACUGCCAUGGUGCAUAUUGCAGUAACUGAUAUUAAUGACAACGGCCCAGUAUUUGAUCCAGCUGAUGUUGUUGGUUAUGUUACGGAGAAUGAGCCAGCUGGAACGAGCAUAAUGACACUCACAGCAACAGAUCCAGACUUACCACCCAAUGGAGCUCCUUUCACAUACUACCUCAUUGGUGGUCGUCAUAAAUCCAUGGUUACUGUUGAGAAGCACAGCGGUCUCAUGAAGACAACGCGAAGUCUCGACAGGGAAGCAACACCUGUGCUUGACCUUAUUGUUGAGGUUGAAGACAAUGGGAAGCCCAGGAUGCGAUCACAGCAUGCAAUCACUGUAAAUGUGAGGGAUGAAAAUGACAGCCCUUCAACACCUAGAGUUGUUCAUGUUCUCGUACAUGCUUUCAAUGGGCGCAUUCCCAUUGGAAAGAUCGCCAAUGUUCAUCCAAAUGAUCCCGAUACUGUGGGUGAUUACAGGUGCAAAAUCCUCACGCACGGAGCUUCGUCGGCAGCACUACAAAUUCCAAAUGGAUGCAAUUUGCACACUACGCCGAAAACACAAAAUCAAGGAUACUCCUACUCAAUAUCCGGGAAUGAUGGUCGCCAUGCUGACGUGGUGUCCACUGUUAGCGUGGAAUUCCUCUUCUUCGAUAAUGUUACAGUUGAAAAUUCAAUUACAAUUCGAAUUGAAAAUAGUUCAGCUUCACAAUUUCUCGGAUCAACGUACAGAUCAUUUUUGGAUCUCAUGAAGAGUGUCAUUGAUUCAGGGGAUGAGUUGAAUUUGUAUUCCUUGAGAGACACGAACAACAGUCUCGAAUUGGCAGUAGCAGUUAAAAAUCUUGGAGGAUACCGAUCAGCGAAUUACGUUACGGAGCGUCUGUUGAAGAAGAAAGAUGCUAUGGUACAGCUAUUGCAAACAUCAGCUAUAACAAUUGGUUAUACACCUUGCAAUCAGGAUACCUGCGAUAAUGGUGGAGUAUGCUCAGAAAGGAUUACUGUUAAUCAGGAUGAAACAAGGAUAACAGACAGUCAAGCUUUAAUCUUUACAUCUCCUCUUGUGAAUCAUGAUUUCACCUGCCGCUGUGUUGAAGGCUACACCGGUGUGAGGUGCGAUAAACGGCAGGAUCCUUGCUCACCGAAUCCAUGUCAAUCGGGAGGAGAAUGCAGACGUCAGGGUUAUGACUUCCAGUGCCAUUGCCCACCACAUAGAGAAGGGAAAUUCUGUCAACUUGAACGUGGUGAUGCGUGCUCCAGCAAUCCAUGCAAAAAUGGUGGAUCAUGCCGCGAAAGUCCAGAUGGAUCAUCCUUCUUCUGCCUUUGCCGCCCAGGAUAUCGAGGAAAUAACUGCGAGACAAUUGCUGAUUCCUGUAGACCAAACCCAUGUCUUCAUGGAGGGCUGUGUGUUAGCCUUAAACCUGGGUAUAAGUGCAGUUGUGUCGAUGGUCGCUAUGGACGCCACUGUGAAAGAGCUACAUUUGGCUUUAAGGAGCUCUCUUACCUAGCAUUCCCAUCCCUCAAUGCUGCAACAAAUGACAUCAGUAUCAUCUUUGCCACAACCAAACCUGAUGCCCUUCUUGUAUACAACUACGGGUAUCAGAGUGGUGGACGAUCGGAUUUUGUUGCAAUGGAGAUUGUCAAGGGGAAGGCUGUUUUCUCAUUUGGUGGUGCUAGGACAGCUAUUACAUCCGUUGUUGUUGGAGGACCUCAUGGCACCCUAUCUAAUGGGAAGUGGCACAAGGUUACCGCAACUAGGAAUGAGAAGGUCAUGUCGCUGAGUGUGUCAAAAUGCGAUGAGAAUGGAGAUGUCUGUGAUGAAUGUCGUCCUGGAGAUGCUUCCUGCUAUUCUGAUGACAUUGGCCCAACUGGAACUCUCAACUUCAACAAACAACCUCUUCUUAUUGGUGGUUUGAUGUCAGCUGAUCCAGUUCUUGAACGCCCAGGGCAGGUGCACUCUGACGAUCUUAUUGGGUGUGUGCACAGUGUCUCCAUAAAUGGGCGUCCAUUGAACCUCACGAAUCCCAUCAAAUCCAGAGGAGUAGUUCCAACAUGCAGUAGAACUACUGGUGGACCUUGCACAAGAGGACUCCCUGGGGAUCCCAGCCUCUCACUGUGUGGCUCUUUUGGAACAUGUAUGGAUCGCUGGCAUACGGCAAUGUGUCGAUGUGGUGGUGAUCUGCUCUCACCAGACUGCUACCAAUCCCUUGAUCCCAUCUCACUCGGAGACGGUGGAUUUAUUGAGUUUCAAAUCUCCGAAAAACAUCGACGAAUGCAACUGCUGGAGCAUCUUUACAGUGAACCUUCAAUGUGGAACUAUGAGGUAUCCAGAGAAAAGAGAUUCACAACGAAGAAUGGAGGCAAUAUCACGACACUUGCUCUCAUUGAGGAUCCCCCGAAAUCCAUGAGCAUCCUCUUUCGAACCCUCCGACCAAAUGGGCUGAUUCUCUUCGUGGGCACCAAUAAGCAUUUUACUUCGGUCGAAUUGAGAAAUCGUCGACUUGUCUAUAGUUCUCAGCAAAAUUCUCCAGUUAACAUGACUGAUCAGCAUCAUGAUAAUCUAGCAGAUGGGAAGUGGCACAACGUGACUCUCUACUCAUUCAAUCGUGUCCUCCGCGUACUUGUUGAUGGCAGACGCAUUGGAGAUGAAUUGGAUUCAGCUGGAGUUCACGAUUUCCUAGAUCCAUACCUUACUGCAUUGUCAGUUGGAGGAGUUAGACGAGAACUGGUAUCUUUGGAUGCUGUUCCACCACCCUUUGAUGGCUGUUUUGCUAAUUUCACCAUCAAUAAUGAGAUUCAACCGUUCAAUGGAUCCGGAAGUAUUUUCCCGGAUGUACAAACUCGUGGAAAAGUCUACCAAGGCUGUCAUGGAUUAAUUGGCUUGGGAUCGGCACAAGUAACAGACCCACUCAGUAUUGGCAUCACUCUUGUGAUUGUUUUCUUUGUCAUCCUUCUGGUAGCAAUUUUUGCAUCCUUCAUUGUAUUCCGCCUCAGGAAGCAACAGAAAGAGAAGAGCGGUGGUCCUGGGGGGCCAAGUGGUCUCCAUAGUAAACAAAAUGGAGGACCUACUCUUCUUGGAGGUGGAGGAAUGUCUUCCGCAGCUGACUGUGUUAUGGGUCGCGGACUACACGGUGGGGAUCCCACUGUGGGUUUCCACACAGACAAUGGAGACCUUAUUCGAGGUGUAGCUGGGCACCAUCUUGUGGCUCCGGAGCUCAUUUCGAAGAAGUACAAAGAAAGGGAAUUGUCAUCGAGUGACCAUCAGAGACCCCAACGUCCAGAUAUCAUUGAACGUGAAGUUGUGAGCAAAAGUCCACCAUUGAGGGAAGAACAUCAUCCACCAAUUCCACCACCUAGUCAACAUCACCCGCACGAUCAUCCUGGAGGAGUAGAUUUGGGAUCUGAAUUUCCGGAGCACUAUGAUCUUGAGAAUGCUAGCUCAAUUGCUCCAUCAGACAUUGACAUUGUCUACCAUUACAAGGGAUACAGAGAAGCAGGUGGUGUGAGGAAGUACAAGGCUACACCACCACCAGUAGCCUCGUACACCCACCACAAGCAUCAAGCAGCAGCACAACAGCAACAUCGGCACUCACCCCAUCAUACUGGGCCCUAUGGGCCUCGAGUGCCCCCAACGGCUAGCGCUCCACCAACAAGUGCUCCGCGUCAACAUCAAUCAACGCCGUUGGCACGUCUCUCACCAAGUUCGGAACUUAGUUCACAACAACCAAGAAUCCUCACGUUGCACGAUAUCUCGGGGAAACCCUUGCAGAGCGCCUUGCUGGCCACCACGUCGAGUUCUGGAGGCGUGGGAAAGGACGCUCUGCACAGCAACAGUGAGCGCAGUCUCAACAGCCCUGUGAUGUCACAGCUGUCUGGCCAGAGCUCAAGUGCUAGUCGUAAGAAUCCAGGACCUCCGCCCCAGGCUCCCAAUGUAACAGCCGUGGGCAGUUUAACUGCUGAGGAAAUUGAGCGUCUCAAUGUGCGUCCUCGUACCAGCAGCCUAGUCUCUACCUUAGAUGCUGUUUCGAGUAGUAGUGAGGCACCUAGGGUACCCGGGGCAGGUCAUCAUCUAGCCCACCUCCAUCACUCCCCCGCUGUGGAUACGCACAGCUCAACGUCCACAGAUGAGAGUGGUAAUGAUAGUUUUACGUGCUCAGAGAUUGAAUAUGACAACAACAGCCUCAGUGGGGAUAAAUACUCAAAGCCCGGUGAUGAUGACGAUCGACGUGGGAAUGAAAGUGGAGCAGGUUCAGGGAAGCCCCCUAUUCCGCCACCAUCUUACGAUGGAUUUGACUCAUCCUUCCGGGGUUCCUUGAGCACACUCGUUGCAUCCGAUGAUGAUUUGUCCACUCACAUGGGCGGUAUUUAUCGGCAACCCAAUGGGGCCUCACCCAGUGCCACCACAGCCCUCGGUUGGGACUACCUACUCAACUGGGGACCUAACUUUGAGAGCCUAAUGGGUGUAUUCAAGGACAUCGCCGAACUGCCGGACAGCGUAAAUGGGCACGUUCAGCCAUUGAGACUACCAAGUAGUAUGCAGAAACCAUCGGAGGAGUACGUCUGACAAUGGUGAGGGCAAAACAUCCCAAAUUGAACCAGAGAGACGAAGAAGUUAGCAGAAACAACGUAAACCCCAUCCCUUAGGUGUACAUAGUCUAAUUUAAUGGUAAUAGUGAAAACAAAUCAAUUUACCCCAAUUGGGGCUUUUUUGGGGACCAACCUCAAUAAAAUAAUACAAAAACAACCCCAAAAAGUGACCCCUUUGGGACCUUCUAUGUAUGUCAUAUAGAAAUUUUAAUUUUAGUUCUCUAAGCAAUAGAUGUGUGUGCGUGAGAAUUGAGAAAGAAUGGGCAAAAUGGUGCAGCCUUGUAUCAAGGUUCUUCAAUUUAUGUAAAUUCCUGAGUGCUAUAUACCUAAAUAACUUAAUGAGCAUUUGCUAACAUAUAGGAUGAUCGUAUUCUUGUUAAUAACAAAUUUUUUUUUUACAAUAAUUUGUAUCAUCUUGCCAUAAUACGAGAAUAUAUCGUAUUUAUUUUAUUUUUUUUAAUUUCAUGAAAAUGAAAAUCUCCUUUCUAAAGUUAAAGAAAGAAAAUCUUCCCAUUUUUUUUGUUAGUUAGAAUACAAAAUAAGUCUCAAUUUUACAAGAAAAUUAUCUUGUAAACUUGACAAACUCUUAGGUGAAACGAAUAAAAAGACUGUUCAAUUUUCUGUAUAAAUAAAUUAAUUAAAAAUGAAAGGAAAAACAAUAAAAGACAUCCACUAAAAUAGUGAUAUAUAAAAUACAAAAAGAAA